UUUUCAUCCUUUGCUUUAAUUAAAUUUUUCCCACUUUAAAUUCAUACCCAAAAAGCGCCAUAUAAAAAAGAUUUUUUUUUUUCAAAAAAAAAAUUGAAUUUUUUUUGGUGGGUGGGUGGUAAAGAAGGAUUGCCGUUAAAGCUGGCGUUGAAUGAGGAGCUGGAAGAAUUUUGUCUGAAUUUAGGAUUUUUUUUACUUUAUUUGUUGGUAGAUUCUUGAAGAUGACAAAUAUUUAGGACCUAUUUUUGGUUUAGUGUUGUUUUUUAGCUUGGUUUAGUUUUUGGCAACUUAAAUUAAAUUAGGAUUGUUGAAAAAGUUAAGAUUUUCCCCUUUUUCUCUUGUGUUUUGAACUGACUUUUUAGUCCUAGAAGAUACUAUCAAAUACUAUUUAGGACCCAUUUUUGGUUCAAUGUAAUUUCAUAAUAAUAUUUUUAAUUUUUUUGACUUUAUUUAUAUUUGUUUCGUUGUCUUUAUUGUAUUUGCAGAUCUAUGAAUGUGAAAGCUUCAAUCUUUUUUCUCUAAUAUUUCUUUUUCUUGAUAGAAUAAUUAGGUUUUUACAUUUCUAGAAGGAAAAGGAAUCGACCCUUUUGGCUCUUCUUUCUUCUGAGCUCCAAAAAUCAUUUUUUUUCUUGUUUAUUUGGUCCUUUUAACUGUUUUGUUCAUUUUGAAGCUCCUAUAUAGUAAUUUAAGCAGGAAUUUGAGGUGGGGUUUUGUGGUUUUUGAAAAAUCUGUGCUUGGUUAUGAAGUAAAAUUGGCUAAAAAAAGCUUUUGAAGAAAAAAAAAUGGGUUGCUUUUCUUGCAUGAGGUUUAAUCGAAAAGAUGUAAGAGAUUUUGAUGAAGAUAUGGGUUCAAGAUCCAUCAAAUCUUCAGGGAAAGGUAUAAAAGGACGUUCUUUUGGAGGGAAAGGUGGGGAUAGCAACAACCAUAAGGGUAAUGUCGCGCGCAGUUUCACAUUCAAAGAACUUGCCUUAGCAACCCAGAAUUUCAGAGAAGCUAAUCUUAUUGGCGAAGGUGGUUUUGGAAGUGUGUACAAGGGCCGCCUUGAAUCAGGCCUGGUUGUUGCAAUCAAACAACUUAAUCUUGACGGCCUUCAAGGACACCAGGAGUUCAUUGUGGAGGUCCUCAUGUUGAGUUUAUUACAUCACAAAAAUCUUGUCAACUUGACCGGAUACUGCACCGAUGGUGACCAAAGGCUCUUGAUUUAUGAGUUCAUGCCAAUGGGAAGCCUGGAGAAUCAUCUUUUUGAUGUAGAACCAGGAAAGAAGCCACUGAGUUGGAGCACAAGACUUAAAAUUGCUUCUGGUGCAGCUCAUGGACUUGAAUAUCUUCAUUGCAAAGCGAAUCCCCCUGUUAUUUACCGUGAUUUGAAAUCUUCAAACAUAUUGUUAGACAAUGAUUUCAACCCAAAACUGUCAGAUUUUGGACUUGCAAAGUUGGGACCUGUCGGCGAAAACACCCAUGUUUCGACGCGAGUGAUGGGAACUUAUGGAUACUGUGCCCCUGAGUAUGCCAUGAGUGGAAAAUUGACUCUGAAAUCUGACAUCUAUAGUUUAGGUGUUGUGCUGUUGGAGUUAAUAACAGGGCGAAAGGCUUAUGACAACUCUAAAGAGGCUGGAGAACAGAACCUAGUUGUUUGGUCUCGUCCUUUCCUCAAGGACCGGAGAAAGUUUGUUCAUAUGGUUGAUCCUUUGUUGAAUGGUCAGUUUUCCGUGCGCUCUUUGCACCAUGCAGUUGCAAUUACUGCAAUGUGUAUCCAGGAGCAAGCCAGUUUUCGCCCCAUCAUCAGUGAUAUUGUUGUCGCACUUGACUAUCUAGUCUCACAAGCAGAAAGCUCUGAUUCGCAAGGAGGUGGUUCACAAACUGUAAAGCAAACACAUGAUCACAAGGAUAAUUGAACGUCAGUUCAAGAAAACAAAUUCUGUUCCGUGUUAAAGCUUGUCCACAUCAAAUUUCUAAAGGUCACGAUGAGAACUGCUGAGGAGUAUUGAGGUAAGAAGACAUCUCACAUGCAAUGCGCGUCCGCUGAUUAUGAUGAACUGUAAAGAAGGUUGCACAAAAUGUUAACAAAAUACUGGUGUUAGGAUUUUGUUUCUAGCAAAAGUAAGUUAAAUAUAUAUAUAUACCUAACCCUUUAAGUGUGUUGGAUUCGCCAAAGGUAGGUUGAUGGAGAUAGUUUAUAAACAUUCUUUUACGUGUCUCUUGUCUACAUAUUUCCUUACUUCUCCUGUUUGGUUGGUGUGGAUUGAGGAAGUUCCCAUUUCUUAUACAAACUUUGUGGUUGAUAUGUGAAUAUAUAUGUGAAGAUAUAUCCUGCACACAUCUUCUCUUGAUGGGGGCAGAAAGUUGUACAACAACCUUCUAUGUGUUGUCCAACUAGUUCUUUGUCUUCCUUUUGUUGGGGGUUAUCUUGUUCUGUUUUACUCUUGAAGUCAAGGAAAUAUUACUCUUUUUUCCUUUUUUAACAACUGCGGUGUUUGCGCCAGACUAAUUCUGCGAGGUACCUAACUUACAUAUAUGGCGCUAAUUCUACGAGGUACCUAACUUACAUAUGGCUAAUUAUGGACUUAUUUGAACAGAUGCAAGUUAUAGCAGAUGGAGAGAUAAAGUGGCUGUUUGUUUUCUCACUUGACUUUAUCCACACAUGUCUAAUUUUCUUCUUUUGCUAUCAUAAAAAAAUUUGUUGAAAAGGCUAGACAAACUUUUUGGUGUUGCAGAUGAUGUUUCCUCCAGUCAAUGAAGCAAGAAAAAUGCAGACUAUUCCUCUUCCUGUAUUUUUGGCUGCAACAUUGGUCAAGAUUGAGUCUUGUUUCACAUUAUUUUGAUAUUCUUUAAACACAAGUUUAUGUCUAGGGCCAGUGGCGGAAGCUGAAAUUUUCACUAAGCGGGUUGAAAGUGUGAAAAGUAAACACAGAGAAGCCAAAUAUAGAAUAUGUAUUUUUUGUUAA